AUAAAUUAGUCGACUUUUAUUUGGCGCAAUACAGCAACAGUUUGUUUAUUUGUUUGCAUUUAAAUUCGUGAGCUUCUUUGUACACAAUAUUAUUGGAACAUUCAAAAGCUUAUUCUAUAUUAUGCCCAUUUCACCGAAUAGUGUUACAAAGACCCGUCAGUUUCUGAAAUGCCGUCUUCAAACGGAUAUGACAAAUUUUCACGGAUUCCGCACGGAAUGGGACCAUAUUCGUGAUUUGCUUUUCCGGACUGCCGAACAUGGUGAAUCAAAUAGCGCGCUUCUGUUGGGUCCUAGAGGUUGUGGCAAAACGACGCUAAUUACGUCCGUUUUAGCAGACUUGCUGCCGGACCAGAACUUCUAUAGAAAUACUCUAGUUGUAUACCUGAAUGGGUAUUUGCACACGGACGAUCGAUCAGCGCUAAAAUCCGCUACCGCCCAGAUGAAUCUGGAAAAUGCCGUAGACGGAAAGGUGUUUGGUUCAUUUGCGGAAAAUUUAGCUUUCCUUUUGGACUGUCUUAAAGCGGGCGACAAGAGAAAGUCCAAAAGUGUGGUUUUCAUUUUGGAGGAGUUUGAUUUAUUUUGCUCCCAUCACAACCAAACUUUACUGUAUAAUCUAUUCGAUGUUGCACAGUCCGCGCAGGCCCCCAUCUGUGUAAUAGGAAUAACGGCAAGGCUGGAUGUCGUUGAACUUCUGGAAAAGCGUGUUAAGUCUAGAUUUUCUCAUCGCCAAAUAUUCAUACUCCCACCAAUGAAUGACUUCGAAGGAAGGAUUGAACUAUUUAAAAAGUUAUUGAAAUUGUCGACAGAUAAGGAACGGAAGGAAUACAUUAAGCUUCACAAACCCAUUUCUGUGGAGGCACUUCAAAACCGUGAACUUCCACUUUUGCGACGUGUCUUCAACCCAAACAUGUAUUCAUUUGACUCCAAAUAUAUCACUCAGUGGAAUAAACAUAUUGAUGAACUUGCUUCAAGUCCCAAAGUGAGAACAGUUAUGCAAAAUUUGUACGAAUACGAUGUUAUUGAAGGUACAUUCAAAGGAUGGCUGUUUGAAUUAGUUUCCCAGCUGAGCGAAGAUAAUACUCUGAUCACCGUGGAGAGUGUCCAGCAACUUGGACAGCAAUUUGAAUGUGACGAAAAAAUCAACAUGCUUUGUGGGCUAUCGGUGCUCGAGUUGUGCUUGCUCAUAGCGAUGAAACAUCAUUCUGAAAUUUACGAUCGCGAUCCAUUCAACUUCGAAAUGAUACUCACGCGUUAUAACAAAUUUGCUAACUCGAGCUCAACGAUGCAAGGUAUUGAACGAAGCGUUAUACUGAAGGCCUUCGAACAUAUCAAACACUUGGAACUUAUUGCUCCCGUUAGCGGAGUGACAUCUAAGGUACAAAAAGAAUAUCAACUGCAAAGGUUACUUCUUACGUAUGGUCAGAUUAAUCAAGGGGUAAUGCGCUCGCAGAACCUACCGACUGAAAUAUCCCAAUGGGCACAAAGUUCUUUGGUGUAGUAAUACAAUUUUAAAUAAUUUAUUUGUUUGUGUAUGUUGAAUAUAAAAUUCUGAUAUAAGUUAAA